GAGGGAAUUCUUUUGCCGUGUAACGUUCAAGUUAAAUAGAUCGACUUCACAUGUAGCGUAGCCUCGUGGAAAUGGGAGUAAGAUCCAAAAUUCUCCUGCUUAUGGUGUGGACGCGUUUCGAUCAGAACUUGGAAAUUGAGGGAGGAUGUAAAGCAAGGCCUGGUCGAAAGAGUAGAACUGGGUCAAAAGAGAGUUGGUGAGGGUGAUUGCGUUCGCAUUCAAUGGAGUCUUACAAAUCCGUGCUAAAUUCUGAGAUUCUCCUUUCGAUUGACUGAUACCACCUCCCACCCCUUUUUGUUUCACCGUGUCUUGUUACCGUUGGGAUUUCUUUGGGAUGACGUCAACUGCCUUAUUUUGGCAGUAUAAGAUUUCCCACAUGGUCUAAUCCAGUACCAACCGGUAGGCAUUUUGCUUGUCAGCAUAUUUUUAAACAUCUCGCUACUGAGCGGAACGAAUGAGCUUCUACCGAUUCUAAUCAUUACAAGAUAUUAUUCAUGUAUCAAAAGUCUCAAUUUGUUCAGCAAGAUUCGACAAAAAAUUAAAUGAAGACUGCACCCUUUGUAACUGUGCAAAUUGCUUUACUUGACGAGAGUUUGCUACUUCGGACAUAAUAUCCACGGAAACCUUGCCAAGUCGAGUGGACUGGAGAAGUGCUCCUGAACCAUGUGCUCCGUUGGAAUAUUAACGAAGACCGUAAUUAUUGCAGUUGUGCUCCAAGCAAAAGGAAGAGAUUGCUUGGGCUGUAAAGGUGAUGAGAUCACCUGGCGUAGGGAUAAACCAGGAAAGAAAAACACGUGUAUACCGUGUAUCGAUUGCCCGGACGGAACUGAGCCGUCGAUUCCUUGCGGAGGGACCGCCAAAUAUGGAACACACUUACAUUGUGAGGCAUGCAGGCAAGGAACCUAUUCGGACAAUUAUGGAAAAGGGCCCUGUAAGCCAUGCUCUCUAUGCUCCGUUGGACGUACAGUGACAAGGAACUGUUCUGCGACGAAGAACGCUCAGUGUGGCUCUUGUAAAUACGGCUAUUACCAGAAAGUUGUCAUCAUGAACCUGCUUUUCUAUUGCCUUCCGUGUUCUGUCUGCUGUGGGGACGGUAAAGAUAAGGUAGAGAAGCAGUGCACAGAUCAAGGGCUUCCAAGUCAACAACAUUGCAAAUUCAGAACCGCGCCCAGCUGUCAACUGUUGCGGACAACUUCAAAGAUCACAUCGAGCACUCCAUUUCUAGGAGCAAAUCAUACGGCAAAGAAAGGAACAAGCCCAAAGGGACAAUCAGAGGAAGCUUCUUCAGUUCCUUCAUCAAGAACACCGAAGCCGUAUGCAAGAACCACUGCCAUAACCGCAAAACGACAUGAAAAGUUAGCUGCUUCCCAGUAUGGAACAAGUUCAGCCUUAGAAGGAUUCCACGGCAAUAAAUCAAAGGGAUCUUUUUCCGAUAGAAGUGUCGAUAUUAAUAAUGGCAAUGGUAUUGUCGUUUCUCCUUUGUAUGGGAUUCCCGUUAUUUUCAUUGCAAUAAUUGUAAUUGUUCUUAAGCGGAACAAGCUUGCAAGCUUCUUUGAAAGGACGAGGUGUGGUCCUAUCCUGAGGUGUAGAGACGCUGAACUCGGUAAACAAAUAGAGAGUACUUGGUUGGAUGUUGUGCCAUUAGGAGGUAGGUGAAUUUGCACUAUUUUGAACACGGUCAAAUGAUGGCAAAUUACUCAGUCGUUGAGACACUUUCUUAAAGGACUAAGCAGUCAGGACAAAAACGCCGGGGAAGACGGUGAUUAAAAAAAUUUAUAUAUAUUUUUAACAAGAAUUUCGUGAAUGGCUAGAUUUGUGAACUAGUCUUUUGGCGCUAAGCCUCAACUUACGAAUAACGUACGUAAACAGUGCUGAGUUCCAAAUGGAAACUUAAAUAAUUUUUUGUCGAGGCUUCCGUUAUCAGCUUUGACUCGUCCUUGGUGCAGUCGCUUUCGUAGUUUGCUUUAAGUCCCAUUUUUGUGCCGCCAGCCAGAAUUAUUGGCGGAAAGUGCCAUUUUUGUACCGCCAGCCAGAAUUAUUGGCGGAAAUUAGACCUUUAAUAUCAAUCUAUAGGUACAGCUGUUUCAUGUUUAAGACACAGAUAAUGACAUAGAUUGCUAAAAGCGAGGAGUGGUGAACAUGUGCUUUGUGUACGACUUGACAAAACGGGUUUCAUUUCAAUUAUCAAUUAAAUGCUAACAGUGUAAUA